UUCAUUUGCUCUGUUCCAGCCAUUAUGAUCAGCCCUUCUCCGCUCAGCCGCCUCCUUCGCUGACGUCAUGAUUUGACCUAGUUUCUUCCGACUUCCCAUGCCGCGUUUAAAACUGGGAACUCGGAAAUCUCCGACCUCAGUGCGUUCAAAUCAACUCGGAAUUCCAGAUUGGGCCUUUUUUCCUAAAUUUCCGACCUGAAGAUCACUGACGUCAUGAUUUGACCUCAUAUUUUUCCCAGUUUUGAACGCGGUAGCAGUUGUAUUGAAAGUACCAAUACUUACAAAACAAACCAUUUUGAAAACCAUUUAUGUGAUAAUGAGCUAACCGAUAGCUGACAAAAACACUCAACGUUUUAAAACUUUCCUCGUUGAUAUUUCUUCCUCUUAUUAUUAUUAUUAUUCUAACUAUUGCUAUCGACCCCUACGCGGAUCAUACAUGCUCCAGUACACUGUACCUUGUAAAACGGUUAUCCGAGUUGCACAAAACAGAGGAAAUUACAUCAAUGAGUGCAACAACACAGAGGUCCGACGUUGCAAAUAAGGCAGCACUUGUUCAGCCUGCAACCGAAAGACCAGCUUAUUACAGAAUGUCAGGCAUUGAAGAAACUUCACAUGUAUCCUCAGGAUUGCAGGAUGAGAGGAGGAGCGAGGAAGGGGUCGAAGAGGAGCCCGAGAUUGACUAUGAAAACCCGUUCCGUUAUAUGUUUUACAGCUUUACCCUCUCUCUCUCCCUCCCGCCUCUGCUCAUAUAAAAGAGACAGAAAAGAAUGGGCUGAUUUAGAACCUGUUCCACAAGAUGAUGGUCCCAAUCCUGUUGUGAAGAUUGCCUACUCAGACAAGUUCACAGACGUGUAUGACUAUUUCCGAGCGUUAUUGAAGAAUGAUGAAAAAAGCGACAGGGCAUUCACGCUGACGGCUGAAGCUAUUGAACUGAAUGCUGCAAAUUACACUGUAUGGCACUACCGGCGAGUGUUACUGCAGGCCCUGGAGAAGGACCUGAGAGAGGAGAUGAGGUACAUUACAGCCAUCAUUGAGGACCAGCCCAAAAACUACCAAGUCUGGCACCAUAGACGUAUGGUGGUGGAGUGGCUGAACGACCCCUCAGAAGAACUGGAGUUCAUUGCAGAGAUCCUAAGUCAGGAUGCUAAGAACUACCACGCCUGGCAGCACAGACAGUGGGUCCUCAAGGAGUACAAGCUGUGGGACAGUGAGCUGGUGUAUGUGGAGCAGUUGUUGGAGGAGGAUGUGAGGAACAACUCUGCAUGGAACCAGAGGCACUACGUCAUCUCCCACACGACAGGCUACUCAGACCCAGCCAUACUCAACAGAGAAGUACAGUACAGUCUCAAACAGAUCAAGAAGGCUCCCCACAAUGAAAGUGUGUGGAACUAUUUGAAAGGGAUUCUGCAGGACCGGGGCCUAUCGUCCCACCCGGGUCUCCUGGAGCAGAUCCUGGAGCUCAAGGAGACCCACUGCUCGCCCUACCUGCUGGGCUUCCUGGUGGACAUCUACGAGGACUCCCUGGAGAACACCUCAGGAGACCAGGAGGAGGUCCUUAGCAAGGCCCUGGAGCUCUGUGAGCUCCUGGCCCAGGAGAAGGACACCAUCCGGAGGGAGUACUGGAGAUACGUAGGCCGCUCCCUGCAGACAAAGUACUGCUCUAGUGACCCCUCUACCACCAGCAGCGCCCCAGAAACUGACUGAGGAUCAGCCUCAGUCUCCGUUCACCAGGAGACCACCUGCAAUAGCUAAAAGAAGAAGACAUAGAACCCAAUGGGAGUCGAGGGAGCAACUGCUUUUAUUCAGCCUGAGUUUGUUUGGCAAUAGCGCAGCAUUACCACAUUGGUUAAAUAAAAUACAAAGAGAAAUAACAAAAAACACUCUAAGCUUACUGUAAAAGAACUCACUGCAGAUAAGUAUUAUGACUUAGGGUAGAAGAUGUGAAUGCCUGCUGUCAUUGUCAUGUAUUAAGGUUUAUAGCCAUAGGUGAGCUAGUUUGGAUGUUGAUGACUUGAGUGUGUGCUAACCAAGAGUCUUAUUGCUGUGAAUGUUGGCUUUCAGAUCAUACUGUAUCUAGAGAAAUUAUGCUUGUUUUGGAUUUCUUCUGCUGCGCAGUACACAUGGACAUUUGUAUGUGACACUGUAGCUAAGAAGAUGUUGCUUCUUGCCUAAAAGCCCUUAAAAAAUCUCUGUAGAUAUAUAUAUUGCUGUCGUUGCCAAAACACUGUAUAACCAAACUCGGCAUUACUGGAGGCUCCAGUCUUUUGUACGCUAUAACUAAUUAUAUGGUUAUUCUAAACUGGAA